GCGCAUGCGCUCUUCGCGAGGAUCUUAAACAUGGCUGUGGCAUUUGCAUGGAAAUUGUAAAAUCCUCCAACCGAGAGUCUUCCCCAUUUUAAUCAAGCUACGAGCCAUUGUCUUCAUCACAUUCCUGGUGUCUGCCCUCCUGCGUCCACAUGGCUCGUGUCUUCGUCUAUGGCACCCUGAAGAAGGGGCAGCCCAACUACUACCGUAUGUUCGAGCUCGCCAAUGGUAAGGCGGAGUUCCUCGCCUCGGCCUGCACCACACAGAAAUACCCGCUGGUGAUCGCCGGCAAGUACAACAUCCCUUUCCUCCUCAACAUCCCCGGCCAGGGACACCGAGUCCGAGGAGAGCUCUAUAAAGUGGACGACAAGAUGCUGAAGUUCCUGGAUGUCUUUGAAGACAUUCCCAGAAUGUACCAGCGGGCUGAGGUCAAACUGGAGGUGAAGGAGUGGGCGGGGAAGCCAGACGGAGAGGAGCCGGCAGCGGGGAGCAUCAUAGAAGCGUUUGUGUACAGCACGACGACGUACGAGCCGGACUGGCCCUCACUGCUCAGCCAUGAGAGCUACGACACCUUUGGAGAUCAUGGGCUGAUGUAUCAGUACAGAGAAUUACAAGACUGACACACAAAGCAUCCAUCGCUGACAUCUCAAGAACAUUAACCCGUACAACACACUCCAGCGUGUAGUUUUCAUGAUUUAAGGUCAACUGGAAAGCAUGAAAACUACAGGAGGAGGUUUGUGUUGUGGUUCCUACAGGAUGUACUGCUUCUUUAAUAAAAACAACCCUGAAUGCAUCUCACUCGAUGACUUUGUGCAGAAGUCCAACAACGUUUUGGUCUUUUUAAAUGUAAUUACUAUGACGUCAACAUGCAACUCCUUGCAGGGUUUUAAUCACGCUUUACCCUCCAGUUCCUCACACGCAUUAAAUAACACUCUGGUAUGUAUGCCACACCUAAA